AUGACCGGUAUUUUAGCUCAAAAUACACUUUCUCGAAGUUUAUUACAAAAUGUAAGCAAUAUCGUGAAAAGGCUUUCCUCACAUUUUACAUAUUACCCAGAUGAAAGCAAACCCAUAGAUGGACAAACAAAUAAAAUGAACAUGAUGCAAGCCAUCAACAAUGCAAUGGAUAUUACUCUCAAGACUGAUUCAAGCUCUGUGUUGUUCGGAGAAGAUGUUGCUUUUGGGGGUGUAUUUCGUUGUGCUCUCGGGUUACAGGAGAAGUAUGGCAAAGAUCGAGUAUUCAACACACCACUUUGUGAGCAAGGUAUAGCUGGGUUUGGAAUCGGCAUGGCUACCGCUGGUGCUACCGCCAUAGCUGAGAUACAAUUUGCUGAUUAUAUAUUUCCUGCUUUUGAUCAAUUAGUUAACGAAGCGGCUAAAUGUCGGUAUCGUUCUGGUGGCCAAUUCGACUGUGGAGGCUUGACUGUGCGUGCCCCCUGCGGGGCUGUUGGUCACGGAGGUCUUUACCACUCACAAAGCCCUGAAGCCUUCUUUACACAUGCACCUGGCCUAAAGGUCGUAGUUCCUCGAGGUCCGAUAGCCGCCAAAGGUCUGCUUUUAUCGUGCAUCAGAGAUAGAGACCCAUGCAUAUUUCUCGAACCUAAGAUUCUGUACCGGUCAGCUGCUGAAGAAGUUCCUGUAGAUAGCUACGAAAUACCGAUUGGAAAGGCCCAUAUCUUGAGAGAAGGAGAUGCAGCCACCCUGGUGGCGUGGGGCACCCAAGUGCAUGUUUUACUCCAAGUGGCUGACAUGGCUUCGGAGAAACUUGGUAUAAACUGCGAGGUGAUCGACCUCAUGUCCAUCCUACCCUGGGAUGAGGAGACAGUCUGUAAUUCAGUGAAGAAGACGGGAAGAUGUUUAGUAGCGCACGAGGCACCCCUCACAAGUGGCUUUGGAGCUGAGUUGGCAGCCACUGUUCAGGCUGAAUGUUUUUUGCACCUAGAAGCUCCAGUGUCCCGAGUGACAGGAUGGGACGCCCCCUUUCCCCACGUCUUUGAGCCCUUCUAUUUACCAGACACGAUGAGGUGUUUCAGCGCUCUACAACAACUUAUCAAUUACUGA